GCUAACUUUCAUCUCAGCUCAGUUCAUCUUGGGUUUAGCUCCUGAGGAGGUCUUCUGCUGCUCUCCGCGGUGCCUCCGCUGUUGACUGCUGAUGAUGUCAAACUGAUGUGUCGGAGGUCCCGACAAACCGGAAAAUAAGGAAACAAGAAAACAAAACUCGGGGAACUUUCCAUCUUUAAAUGCAGGUUUCUUUAUUUCACCCGACAGCCUGCAGGAGUGUCGUUCAUGAGAAGGAAAAAGGAGAGUUUUGAGUUUAACUGGUGACAUUAAAGAAGCUGCCACUGCAGCGCUAAAGGGCAGUAUGGGUGUCCGCGCAGAUGCCUGUUCAGAAUCUGAUUUGAGGCCCAUCAGCGUGAAUAUGAGGGCUAAACAAUUGAAAUUCCUGACAAAAACAAAGCCCCAGCUGUCCAGCUAGACUGAUAACUGCUCCGGACAUACCUGAGUUGUUUAUAGGGGGACAGCAAAGCCCCUCGUCGGUCAAAUGGUUUUAGUAGGACCCUAAAGAGGAUAAAGUGGACAACGGUCGGAUGAAAGGAUGGAGAAAAAAAUCCUCCUGGUUAAAAAAUAAUUAUUUAACCGCUGAAAAUAAACAUCAGCGAUGCAUUCAGUGCUGUCUUUAUUCCUCAGAAUUUCAGCACUAGCUGAUCAGCAGGAGGAGAAGAGUCUGACGGAGCAGCGGAGGAACCUUUUGGACUUGGCUCAGCCACUACAGAGGAAACGAUGAGCUCGGCACAGACGGACCAACAGGCACUGAGAAGUCCGCGCCCUCAGGAGGGUGAUGAAGCUCACAGAAAAGAGGACGACAACAUAUACAGAUGCGAUGAGUGUGGGAAGCCUUUUACUGCGAAGAUUUUCCUAAAAAGACAUCAAAUCAUCCACACCGGGGAGAGUCCGUUCAGGUGUGAGUUUUGUGGGAAGUAUUUUUCCAAGGCUGGAAAUUUGACAAGACACCGACUCAUCCACAGCGGAGUGAAAGCGUUCAGAUGCAACUUGUGUGGAAAGUCUUUUACUCAGAAGAGUGACCUAAAAAACCAUCAACUCAUCCACAGCGGACUUAAAGCAUACAGCUGUGAUCGGUGCGGGAAGUGUUUUACAAAGAAACAGAGCUUGGAAAAUCAUAAGCUCCUCCACAGCGGAGUGAAACCGUACAGCUGCGAUCAGUGUGGAAGAACCUUUGCUCGCAGGUAUACGUUAAAGAGUCAUCAACUUACCCACUCUGCGGUUAAGGCAUACAGCUGUGAUAUGUGCGGAAAAACCUUCAGGCAGAUGGGGACCCUAAGUAAACACCAACGCAUUCACACCGGACAUAAUGUGUACUGCUGUGACCAGUGUGGGAAACGCUUUGUCACAUACUACAACUUACACAUUCACAAAUUUACCCACACUGAGGAGAGACCUUAUAAAUGUGACCUGUGUGAUAAGGCUUAUAAAGAUCCAGAUUACCUGAAAGUGCACCAACAGAUCCACACCAGAAAGUGCACUUACUGUGAGAGUGAACCCAAUGGAUUCGGUCCUGAACCCUGUCAUCACUGCGGAGCUGGGAAAGCGUUUCGAUGUGACGUUUGUGGAAAUACUUUCAAGAAGAAAUCGGGCCUGAAACUGCAUCAGCGCAGACACACUGGACUCAAAUUGAGCUACUGCAGAGAGUGUGGGAAAAGCUUCCCCAUGCCAAGUGCAUUAAAGCGCCAUGAACUGAUCCACAGUGGGGUUAGGAAGCACCUCUGUGACCAGUGCGGGUCAUCCUUCAUCACUGCAAGUGACCUGAAGAAGCAUGAACGAAUCCACACAGGAGAGAAACCAUACAAGUGCAGACACUGUGACAAAAGCUUCACGCACUCAAUUAAUCGUUACCGUCACGAAUGUAAACACGUUGAAGUGAACGACAGCAGCAGUCACAGGUCAUCAUAAAGUGUGGACAUGUUGUUGGUCAUUGGAGGAGUUUAAGUAUCUCGGGGUCUUGUUCACGAGUGAUGGGAGAAGAGAGCGGGAGAUCGACAGACGGAUUGGUGCUGCGGCUGCAGUGAUGCGGACGCUGUACUGGUCUGUUGUGGUGAAGAG